UACAGAGCACUCUGCCCCAUUCGCCAGUCAGCCAGCCAAAGUGUCAAGCAAAUGGCGCUCACGAGGCCGACGCCCGAGGCGCUGCAGCCGCUGGACAUGGCGCGGGAGCGUGCGUCGUGCGCAUUCCGCAUCGACGACAUGGCGUGCCUGUUUGCGGGCUCGCGCAGCCGCCGCGACCGUGCGCGCUGGCUCCUCUCGCUUCUCAAGGCGGACCCCGAGGCGACGUUCGACAAGACGAUGCGGCCGUUCCAGGGCAGGACCGAGCGGUUUCUAAAGGGCCAGCAGAUUGCGCUGCGCUACUUUGAGCUGCGCAACAGGUACGGCCUGCAGAAGGAGGACCGCGACAUGCUGCGCCUCUUUCUCGACGAGUACAUUACGCUCCAGGUGCACGAGUCCAUGGGCCACCCCACCGUCGAGCGGCAGUCGAGCGAGGAGCAGUGGCGCGCGUGGGGCCCGCUCAUCGAGUCGGGCCGCUGGCUGCUCUGCUAUGCCCAGACCGAGGCCGCGCACGGAAGCAAUCUGUCGGGCCUGCGCACGACGGCGACGUUUGUCGAACCUAGCAAGGGCAAGGGCACUCAGGACGGCGAUGACGACGGCGAGUGGGAGAUCCACACGCCAGAACCCAGCGCGAGCAAGAUGUGGAUCGGCGGCAGCGGCUCCACGGCCACGCACGCCGUCGUCAUGGCCAAGAUGGUGAUCCGCGGCGAGGACAGGGGCAUGCACCCCUUUCUCGUCCCUCUGCGCGACCCGGCGACGCACCAGCUGCUGCCCGGCCGCACCGCGCUCGACAUGGGCCCCAAGAUGGGCGCGGCGAGCAUGGACAACGGCGUGCUGAGCUUUGAUGCUGUGCGCAUCCCACGCACCAACCUCCUGGCGCGCUUCCAGACCGUCGACCGUUCAGGCACGUAUGCGCAGCGCAACCAGCAGGCCAAGGCCCUCAUGCGCGGCACCAUGACGCUCGUCCGCGUGGGUCUCUGCGAGAUUGCGGCGCACCAUGCUGCGCGCGCCACCCUCGUCGCCAUGCGCUACGCCGUCGUCCGUCGCCAGGGCUCGUCAUCAUCAUCAUCAUCAUCAUCCUCCUCCUCCUCGUCGUCCCUGCGCCUCGAGCCGCAGAUCAUCGACUACGCAUCCGUACAGCAGCGCCUGUUCGGUGCCAUGGCCUCGAGCUGGGCGCUGACGUUUGCAGCACGGCACAUGCGCGCCAUCUACAACGCCCUCCAGCGCGACCUCGCCGCCGACCGGCUCGACACGCCGCUGCUGCAGCAGGUGCACGGCCACACGAGCGUGCUCAAGGCCGUCGUCACCACCGAGUCGCUCGACGUCGUCCAGCGCUGCCGCCGCAGCAUGGGCGGCCACGGCUACAGCCAGGCGUCGGGUCUGUCGGAUCUCGAGGUGCAGCAGCCACUGGCCAACCUGACCUACGAGGGCGACAACCACAUGCUCCUCGCGGGGCCAGCUGCCAACUUCCUCGUCAAGCAGCUCCGUUCUUCUUCCCACCCGCCCGAGCUGUCGUACUUGGAUGACGGACAAACGACUGCGCCGCCGGCUUCCGGCGACGACGGCGACCGCAUCGCCAGCCAGACGUGGCAGCUCCACGUCGUCGGCCACCGCGCCGCCCGCCUCGUCCGUGCUCUUGCCGACCUGCGAGGCGCACGGCAGGACAGUGGCAGUGGCAGUGGCAAAAGCAGCAGCGACGCAAAGGCGACGAGCAUCCGCGCCAACCUGGACUCGAACCUGGCCACGCGCGCAUCCAAGGCCCACGGCCACUUCUUCAUCCUCUAUGCAUUCAUCCACACCGUCGAUGCCAUUCGCGCAGAGGUCGGGCCUUCUUCCACAACAACACCAGCCAUGCUCGCGGCCCUCGACCGCCUGCGCACCCUCUACUUCCUCGACGUGUGCCUGCUUGCGCCCGACGCGCUUGCCGACUACACCGAGGACGGCUCCCUGGGCCUGGCGACCAUCGAUGCGUGCCGGACCCACCGCGCGCGCAUCCUUGCCGAGCUGCGCAGCGACGCGCUGGGCCUCUGCGAGGCCUUUGACCUCGACGACUGGUACCUGGGCUCGCCCCUCGGCAGCUCCGACGGGCGCGCCUACCAGCGCUUUCUCGACUGGAUUCGCCUCGAGCCACUCAACCAGUCGGGCCCGCUGGGCGCCAGAGACUCCGACGGCGUCCUUCUGGGCUUUCGACACACGCUGGGCAGACUCACCCAUGGCGAGGCCACGCCCUGGAACGCCCACUACGCCGCCCAGGCGCGUCUCUGAAAUUCCCGAAUCGCCGCUCCAUUUCAUCUUUCUUUCUUCCUCUCGUCGCAUGUCUUGGCCCUGCCAUGUCGUUGUAUAUAAGAGAGAAGAGCCACCCGCCGAAUCUCAUUCAUUCAUUCCCA